AGGUGAACUCUGAUGAGAAAAAGCCAAAAGGUCAGGACUGAUGAGAAAAAUGCCAGGUCUGAUGAGAAAAAGGUGAACUCUGAUGAGAAAAAGUUCAGGUCUGAUGAGAAAAAGGUCAGGUAUGAUGAGAAAAAGGUUAACUCUGAUGAGAAAAAGGUCAGGUCUGAUGAGAAAAAGGUCAGGUCUGAUGAGAAAAAGGUCAGGUCUGAUGAGAAAAAGGUGAACUCUGAUGAGAAAAAGAGAACUAGGUUAUCAAUGUUCAAAAGUCAAUACAAAGAAAUCAGCAAGUGUUAA